GAAAAGCAAGCUGUCGACAAACGAACAACGUCGUUUACCACCGCAGGGAGCAGUCGUUUUGUUUGCUUGCUGCUACGGAAAUUCCAGUAAUUUUGGACAUUAUCCGGCGAAAUCCGUACCUAAAUUGUCCGUAGUGAUCGGUAGUGUCGUUGUGCGAUGCUGUUCGAUAUCGGUUCUGUACGUACGAAGUGAAUAAUCGGAGGAAAAUCGGGGCAUUUUUCGAAAGGUACGAAUCGGAAGGCGUUUUCGUUCUUUUGCUAGUGUGGGAAGAAAAUAUUGCGUGCGCGGUGCUGCCGGGUGGAUUUUUAGAUGUGUUGGUGUUCUGAACGGAAACUUCGCUAGCUUCACGAACGUGAUAAAAGUGCGUGCAUCUUUGUUUACAUUGAAGUGCUUUGGGAAAGUUUGGUAAUAAUCCGACGAAUAUCCAGAAUCCACUUGUAGGGCUGAAAUAGUCCACCAGCAGAGCGCGCACGAUAGGCCGCUGGAGGAAAGGGGCAGGAAGCGCACGCGGGGAUGAGUUAAAUCGAAGAAGCACCGUGUCAUGAAUGAUGAUGAUGAUUGCCGCACUGAAGUGGUGGCGAACCCCAGAGUAGCGCAGCAGCAGCAGCAACAGCAGCAGUCGCCGCUAGUACUAUCCUAUACACGAGAGAAGAAGAGUGAAUGGUGGUGCGUGUAUAGCACACAUACGGGAAGAAGAGUGGUCCGGGCCGGCGAGUAGAGCAGCUUCAGACUGCGUGAGGAUACCGGAAUAAAGUGCGUAGUUGAAUAUAUGAUUAGGAAGUGACGAAGAAGGAUUCAAAACGAAGCAAGAAGAAAACCAGUCGGAGUGCUGGGAAGUGAGGCGGGGAGGUGUCCGUGUGGAAAGGACGAAGAAGUUUGUGGAAGAUCCUGCGCCAGCUGAAGGUUUAAUAAACUUUAAAACAGUGGAGAGUGAGAAGGGGAAGGGAGUUUCCUAAAUAAAACAAAAAAAAAUGGAUACCUCGGACGAUGAUCUCUCCGAGCACUCGCAAGGGGACAAAUCGAACAAAACUCGCUGGACGAAACAUGAGGAUGCCGCCCUCAAAUCGCUGGUGGAGCAGUACGGUGAACGGUGGGACGCGAUCGCCAAGUUUCUCAAAGACCGCACAGACAUCCAGUGCCAGCAGCGGUGGACAAAGGUGGUCAACCCGGAUCUUAUCAAAGGACCGUGGACAAAGGAGGAAGACGACAAAGUCGUCGAACUGGUUACCAAGUAUGGACCCAAAAAAUGGACCCUCAUCGCGCGACACCUUCGGGGUCGCAUCGGCAAACAAUGCCGAGAGCGGUGGCACAACCACCUGAAUCCAAACAUCAAAAAGACUGCCUGGACGGAAGAGGAGGAUACCAUCAUCUACCAGGCGCAUCUGCAGUGGGGCAAUCAGUGGGCAAAGAUUGCCAAGCUGCUACCUGGCCGUACUGAUAACGCCAUCAAAAACCAUUGGAACUCGACGAUGCGUCGAAAGUACGAAGGACCCGAAGCGACUCGUCGCAAACCCAAAACCAACAGCAGUCAAAAUCAACAGAACCAGUCCGGCUCCGGCCAAUCGAAUCAAACCAGUUCACAGCAGUCGCUCAGCGGGCAGGUCAGUUUGAGAAACAUCAUUUGCAAUAACCGAAAGAAGGCAUCGGUCGACAGUAUGAACGAGGAUUCGCUCGACAAGGAUGGCGGAACGAUUGCCGUGUCCACGGAACAGGGCGAUUUCCUCAUUUCGCCGAUGCCCAAUGCCACCAGCGAGAAGCAAUUCGUCAUUGCGCCGCUGUACUCGACGGGACGGGCCACCUUCGUCAAUGCCAAAGUGAUUGCUAACAGCAACAACAAUAACAACAACAACCUCAACCAUGCUCUCAGCAAUAGUAGCAAUAAUAACAAUAACCUUCAGCCGUACACGCCUACCAAUGUGGACUUUAGUGAUCUGCUUAGCGGAAACGAUGCGGACGGAAAGGACCGGAAGUUCAAAAUCAACACACCAAGCAUUCUGCGACGGAAGCGAAAGUUUCGGGACGAGAACGAAAUGAACGACCUCCAGCAGCAGAUUAUGUUGGCACACCAGCAGCAACGUCAGCUACAGCUGCUCCAGGUAACGACGGCCGCCAGCCAAGCUCUGAACACCACUGCCUCGAGUCAGACGCACCAUCAACACCAUCAACAACAACAACAGCAGCAACAGCAAGCACGUGACGAGCACCACCAUCAUAAUGAAAGGCACCUCAUGUCACCGACCGUCACCCCCAUCAAACCGCUUCCCUUUUCACCCAGUCAGUUCUUGAACUCACCCAGCUUGAAUGUUUCGUUUGAUCAGCUUCCGGCGAGCACUCCGGUCAAGAGGGCUACCUUUAAAACUAACGACACUAGUCUACUGAGUACUCCGAUUCCUCCAAAGGAUGCACAAAAUCAUAAAAAAGAAACCGCCGAGGACGACGGCAGCAGUAGAGGUCCCAUUAAAACCCCUCUGAAAGACGCCAAAACGUUGGAACCUCGAACUCCCACACCGUUCAAAAACGCUCUGGCGGAGUUUGGAAAGAAGCGAUCCGAAGUCUACAUCCCGCCCAGUCCGGCGCGGUUAGGCGAAGACAUUGCGGAAAUCAUGAGUAACGAACAGGCCAAAGAACACUCCGGCAGCAGUGGGAACGACCCGGAUAGUACUGUUACCAACAACGGUGGCGAUAAGCGUACGGGCGACGCCUCACAGCCUCGGGGAGCUGGCGGGAAGGAACGGACGCUUCCGGUUGCGCAAUCUCCACGAACGAAGAAGGCUGCCUUUUCGCAAAAUUGGGAAAACUCCGACAUGAGUUUCUUCGCGGAAACACCGAGCAAAUCUCUGAUAUCCGAUUCGGGUGUGAUCUUUUCACCGCCGAGUAUUCUACGGGAUACCCUCAGCGAUUCGGAUCUUCUGCUAGACGGUGGUGGACUUCUGGAACCUUCGUCGAACGCCCCGAACGUAGCCGCCGCCAAACCUGCUGAACCGGAGCAGAUUCUCGACCCCAAGUGGGAAAAAUGGGCCUGCGGGAAAACUCGCGAUCAGCUCUACAUGACCCAGCAGGCUCACAAUUGUCUCAAGAAGACGUCCCUUCAGCCGCGAUCGCUGAAUUUCUACAAAUAAGCGGUGUGGGCCCAUAACCGUUACACACCAAAAACAAAAAAGGAAUCAUCGUACAAUUGAACAGAUACAACAGUACAUUUUAGUAUGUAGUCGUUAAGGAUCCAUUCGCAUAUGAUAAAUGUUUGACCAAAUGUGGCGGAACACUUCUCCAACGCAUUUGGACCGAAGUCAAUCUUCUGGCGUAAACAUUUGUCAAUGGCCCACAUGGGCUAGGAUAUGAAAUGAAGUCAUGUGUGCGGUGAGAGUGAAUGAAUUCUGGUUCGAGUUAGGCAACAAGCGUUACGAUUUAUUUUGUAUAGGCAUUUGUAUGUAAAGACUAUAAUAGUUUUGGGAGUUGGGUUUGUGACUAACAGUUCAAUAUUCAAUAACACGAGCAUGCUCAGCGAUUCAUAUGUACCAGAUAUCAAAGACAGGACAAACAGUGCUAACUGAUUAGUUAGUUUUUUUUUUUCUAGAGUUACUCACCCAGUAGAUUCGUAAGUUUGAUUAAACUUUUUACACUCCUAACAAAAGAUACGAGCACAUCUUCCUUAAUUUGCUAAUAUAUGAAAGUAUAAGUUUUACAAGUCGGACGUUGAACCACAAGCAUAUUUUAACACUCUAGAUGUAAGCAACCCGGAAAGGAAGUAAAAGUUUUGUUCUCAUGUUUUUACGUUUAUCUAUCAUCUACAGAAGCAAAAAGUGUAUCAGAUGGAAAUAAAACAAGUAUAUUUAUUUUGUGCAACCUCAA